GAGCUCCGAGCGGCGCCGGGGCGCGCGGUGGCGGCGGGCGGCGGGAAAGCGCGAGCAUGGCCGGCCGGCGCGGGGCCCUCAUCGUGCUGGAGGGCGUGGACCGCGCCGGCAAGAGCACGCAGAGCCGCAAGCUCGUGGCCGCGCUGUGCGCCGCGGGCCACCGCGCGGAGCUGCUCCGUUUCCCGGAAAGAUCAACCGAAAUUGGCAAACUUCUGAGUUCUUACUUGGAAAAGAAAAGUGAGGUGGAGGACCACUCGGUGCACCUGCUUUUCUCCGCGAACCGCUGGGAGCAAGUGCCGCUGAUUAAGAAGAAGUUGAGCCAGGGCGUCACCCUCAUUGUUGACAGAUACGCAUUUUCUGGUGUCGCCUUCACCAGCGCCAAGGAGAACUUUUCCCUGGAUUGGUGCAAGCAGCCAGACGUGGGCCUCCCCAAGCCGGACCUGGUGGUGUUCCUUCAGCUGCGGCUGGCCGAGGCCGCCGUGCGGGGGGAGUUCGGCCGUGAGCGCUACGAGAGCGGGGACUUCCAGGAGCGGGCGCUGCGCCGCUUCCACCAGCUGAUGGCCGAUGAGACUUUGAACUGGAAGAUGGUCGACGCUUCCAAAAGCAUCGAAGAUGUCCACAAGGAAAUCCACGCCCUCUGUGUGUACACCAUCCAGGCCGCCGCCCAGAGGCCGCUGGGGGAGCUGUGGAAGUAGCCAUGCAGUGCCCCCUCUGGUCCCGCGGGGCCGAGCCGGGGGUACGUGGACACCCCGACGCCGCGCUCACGGAGCAGGACGCAGAGACAAGCCGCCGCAGCUCAGCCCCCCAGGAGCCGGCGGGGCGUGCCCGGGGCGCCGUGCGGGCAGUGCUGUGCCGCCGCUGUCCUCUGUCCUCUCCUUCACCCCCAAGAUGCCAGUAAAUUACUGUGUUCUGUGCUUUCUUAUGGAAAUUUAACACACAUGCAGGUAGUUUCAGUGAAAUGGUAGUCAGUUAAAACUGUCCCGCAUUUCUUACAGGCACUAAUAAAAAUUCAUUUGAAAAGACA